AUGUACAGUAUACAGUACUAUGGGAAGUUUUUCAAUUAUCACCAUGUUACAACAAUUGGUAUAUUGGUUGUCUUGACCGCACUGAUCACAUGUUGUGAUGCAUGUCCUUCACGACGAACUCCUCCACGAACGCGUCCAAUUAAAAAAGGUAAGGACUACUGGAGAAUGUGUCAUUAAAUAUUGGACUGUUCCUGGCAACAAUUUUCAACAGGAAAUUUUAUUCCAUUAUAACCUUAAGAGUCAAGAUCGAUAUGCAGAGGUGGAAAAAUAAUUAUCUUAGCUAGACAGCCUAAAGAUAAAACAAUUCCUGUAGAGUAUGUUAGUGUUAAAUCUAGCCAUAGGUUAAUUUCCUGCAGCUGUAAAAAAUUUGCGUGCUCAUACCUUUUCUCACCCCUGUCGAUAAGUUUCUGUUUGUUGUAGUAUUGUAGACAGUCAGUCUAAAUUUAGUCUACUUUGCAUUUGCUUUCUUUUUUCAAUAUACACUUUACAGUACAUUGCAUGUACUAUUUACAAUAGGAGCGGCAGUGUUGUAUCGGUUAUACAAACAAUUCUUCAACUAUACUUUUCUUUCUUCAUGAAUUAUUCACGAGUUUCACAAGAUAUGAUACAAAUAGAAAUGUUUGCUGCUUUACGUGAGAGAAUUCUGAGAAUACAUAAUGUAAAAUCGCAAUAAAGAUUUUGCAAUAUAAAAUUAAUCUCCAUUUUUAUAUAAUAUAUAUAUAUAUAUAUAUAUAUAUAUAUACACCAUUACUAUAUUAUAGGCUGUAUCUUUUGUUAUUAUAUGAUAUCGUUGAACAAAAAACAACAGGUUGCAUGUGAAUUCUUUUGCAGAACCUGGAACUUCAGCAUCACCAACUGUUAAUAGUUCUCCAUCUGGGAGUGCAUCUAGUACUGGUGAGAAUGAGCCGCCAGAGAAUAAUACUUUGUGUUUUUCAACGACAAUUGGAAACCUCACAAACAACACUAUCAAAACAAAUCUGGAAAAAAUAGGUAAGAUAAUAGUAAUACAGAAUACAAUUAUCCUAAUUCUAUAACCUGUUUACUAUCCUAUUGGCUGAGGGCAAAGAUGAUUUCUGGUGUACUGAGCGAAGGUAAAGAGCCAGGUUUACGAAUUGCGAGAUUAAUUCUAUUACCUGUUUACAAUAUCCUAUUGGCUGCAUGACGGCAAAGAUGAUUUCCGGCGUACGAAGCGAAGGUAAAGAGCCAAGCUUACAAUACGAGUUGCCUCAGUUGCGAGAAUCGAUAUUAGAGUGCAAGUUGUCAUGACAUGCAGGUAGCAAUAGAAGGCAGGAGAAACAACGUAUUACCUCAAAGGUUGGGAAAGAAAAAUGUUUGAAUUAGCAAUUAAUCAUGCAUUUUACUUUCAAGAAAAAAUUUUGUUUCAGCACAAGGGAAACUUCAAAAUUCCUUUCCAAAUUGGGCUCCCGAAUAUUGAUAAAGCCCAGGUCACACUACACAACGAUACGAUAACUUGUAAACACGCGAUGAUUCGUCGAAAAAUUGUGUUGGUGUCCACACUACGACGAAAAUGAUAAAAUUCUUGUUUUUAAUGUCUAUAACGAUUUUAAAAUCGCUCACCCGAGCGAUGUUUUUUCAGUCGGACAAUAAUGAUAAAUUUUUUGGCCAAUCAGCGCGCGUAUACAAGUUAUCGUAUCGUUAUCGUGUGUAGUGUGGCCGGGCCUUAAUGCAUAGUGUAAUCGGCCGCGCGGCGUGAAAGUUAAAUGUGAGUUGUAUUUCCGGGAUAUCACUGAGGGUCGAAAUAUUUGAUUUUUUUUAUCGGGGAAACAUUCCAUCAAAUCUCCCCCCCCACCCCGAAUAUAUAACCCCGUAUCCCAUGCAUUGUACUAAUAUACUCUUUCGAAAGAAACACCUGCUACUUGAAUGUACUCAUGGAAAAGCACAUGCACUUAGUUUCAUACUCUGCUUUUAUACCCUUACACCCUCCCAACGACAGAGUCUUUGCUAUAUACGUAGUGCCGCCCAGAGGGGGGGGGGGCAAAGGGGGCAAUUUGCCCCGGGCCCCGAGUUGCUGGGGGCCCCUGAAAAAUUUUUGUAGGGGCCCCGCCUUUUUUGUGUGUUAAAUAUUUCCCCGCAAAGGACAAGAUAUCUGUUUUCUUGGGCUAAGUACCGAAUUUUGGCCUAAAAAAUGAGAUAAAGUCACUUGAAAGCGUUUGCAACGUACGCGUCCGGCAAAAUUUUGCGUCCGAAAAAUUUUUUUUACCUCUAAAAUGGUACACUGACCGAAAAAUUUUUGGCGCCGGGGGGGUGGGGGGGGGGAGGUUGCCAAAAUAAUAUCCGGAAAAAAUUUUUCCGGAAAAAUUAUUUUAGGUAGGGCCCCCUAAAAAAAAUUUGCCCCGGGCCCCCGCCAACCUCUGGGCGGCCCUGUAUAUACGUUCCUGAUAAGGAUAGAUGUUGUUUUGCAAAAUCUUAGAUACUUUUUCUUUUGUUUCGUUUUAGCCGCCUCUGGUACUCUAAGUAGAUUGUUUACUAACAAUAUGGAUGAACAAAAUGUGUUCCUAAAAGGGAUGAAACCAAAUGAUACUAGUUGUUCAAAUAUUCAAGGAUAUAUGAUUGAAAUAACACUUCGGACUAAUAAGACGUAUCACCAUGCCAUAAAACAGCUGAAUCAAAGCUCAGCCAAGAAAAGUUGUGAGCGUGCUCGAAACUGCCGGCCAGUCUCAGCAGGUAUGUUCAUGGCAAUUUUACUCUAAUUUUUCUAUAAAACUUGAACUAGAGCCUUAAUUAAUGCCCAAACCUCAGUACACUUGCAUAAAAUUCCCAAUCUCAAUAAUUCUACUACAAGGUUAUAUAUAUAAAGUUAUAUGUUUUUCGCCCCCUUUCAUUGAGUCAUUGUCAUUUAACGUUGUUCCACUUAUUGUACUUCUCAGACUCCAUACAUUGCUUCAUUCAUAUAGUACUCAACCUAAUUACAACUGAACCAAAUACUACGGAAGCAACCUCCAUUCCAACAAAAGAAAACACACGGAAGCAGACUACCAAAGGACAAGGUGAAGGAACUAAUGCCGCGGGAAAGUCAGAUAAUGAUGGAGUCUCAUUUACUACUAUCGUUAUUCCUCUUACACUGGUGGUAACGCUGGUAAUUGUUAUAAUCGUCUUGGUAUUUUGGUGUAAACGAAGAUCUACGAGUAAGUUAUCAUUCACUUUUUAUGGAGGGCCAGUGUAAGUCUUCCGAGUGGUCACCAUAAGUUUUCGAGUGAGAAAAAAACAUUGCAUAAUUAGUACAGUAUAUCAUGUGAACUAUUACAGUAUUCAAUUCAAAACAUGCGGACUUGAAUUUUCUGUCCGUAAAAAGGUUUCCUUUGUUAUAAUGUCAAUUUUAGAGGUUGCACUGAUUACAAGCCCUGGCGUGAAGUAUUUUAAUAAAUGUUUCGUCACGUGGAGUGAAUAUAAGGCAUUUGUAUAUAGUUAAUGUUUCGCACAAUGGCAUAAAGCUUUUAUGCAUGUGAAGUUUUCAAAUAAUUGGUUCGAUCUCUUUUUUAUAGAAAAAGGUUACAAAGACGAGCAAACGUAAGUUAAUAUCAAAGACGAACAUUAUUACAUCCGAACAUUAUUACACUUCAAAGGAAAGGUUCGCCGACCGUUUUUGUGUAUUUCGACAAAUAAAUAUUAAAACAAUUAUUUAAUUCGGUUCUCGCACGAUUUGAGGAAUUAUUAAGGCCUCGGUUUGUGUUAUCUGCCUCAGCCUUCUGCUUCGGCAGAUAACACAAACCUCGGCCUUAAUAAUUCCUCAUAUUUUGCUCGACCUCAUUCAAUAAUUGUUUAAUGUUGAAAAUGCUAAUAUCAUGCAUUAAAAUGACAAUACUGAAAGUAAAUACAUGCACACUAAAAUAUUAAAAACGGGUUAACAACAUACGUACUGUUAGAAUUUUGAGACCCAUUGGCGUUGUCAACGACAACUUUAUACAGUUCUUCAAAGCUAAUACUCUUUUAUAUAAUUACUAUGGUCUAAUUGCGUAUGGUAUGGCGUAGACUAUGUUAUAUGCUGCGUGUUAUAUUUUUAUUUUGUAUGUAUUAUUAUUAAUAUCGCAUCCUUUCUGGAAUAUAUUACAGGCAAAAUUCAGUUGACCAUGUGACUGGACCAGUCAAUGGUGAUGUGUACACUGUAGUUAACCCAAGCGCUGAAAAAAAGAAAAAUGGAAAGGUAUGAUAUGUAAUAAAUUUCAUUAGAUGUUAAGUAAAACAUGUUUGUUUUUUCAGGGUUGCAUGUUGUAAGUUUCAGAUAAAGUCUUUAAUCUGAUGAUAUUCUAUAUGUUUAUCUAUAUGAUGGACUAUUUAUUUGGGCUAGACUAAAAUGCGUGAAUUCGAAAAAUUGGCCGGAGUUGGCUGUCUUACUUUGUAAAUAUACUAAUUUUAAAAGUAUUUUAUGCUACAGAUGUGUUAUUAUAUAAACAUGGCCGCCAACGGAACAUGACAAUCAAUGUAAACUUAUUUUAAAAAUUGUUACCUCACAAGAAUUAUUGCAUGAGAUUUUGUAGCGAAAUAUAUACCCAUGUCCAUGAUGAUAAAAAUGUCAACAUGUCCAUGCAUGGUGUUCUAGCCCGUGACGGUAAAUACAAACAACGCAUAUUCUAUAAACUAGGGUGACAAUAAUGAUUUGGUUUAUACUGAGAUGUCACAUAUGAAGUCUGGAAAAAGUGUAAACGAACAUCCUGCAGAGUCAGAUCAAACAGAGUACGCCGAUAUUACCCACAUUCUUAGAGCUGGUGAAACCACGUAUGGAAAUGUUACACCACAGAAUGAUGAAAAAGAAGCUUAUGCCAACGUCGUUACGCUGCAGUAAUUAUUUUGUAAGUUAAUUCCAAAAGUAUUAAGACCGUACAACGCUUGUACUAUGUAUUAAGUAUGGUGCUGAUUUAGGCAGCGUUUACACUGUACCGUUUUCGUAGCGUUCUCGUAUUGUUCUUAAUCCUCAAGGGAAGGCAAGACAAUAGUCUAGUUCUCUCGAACAAUACGAGAACGCUACGAAAACGGUACAGUGUAAACGCUGCCUAAGGUGGCUACCUACUGUUUUUGAUAAGUGCAUGACAAGCAUUAAUAGUUGUUGAAAAGUAAAAGUAUCCGAUUUGUUGAAGAACAAUAUCUGUACUCGUGAAACUCAUUAAUAAUUCAUGACGAAAACACAAACUAAAUCAUGACCGUGAAGGAGUUUGUAUAUGUGAUAUACACAUUACAUGUCAUGUGAUUUACAUAAACUUUUUAAAGUUUAAUUUUCUCACCAAAGAUCAUUAAUUUGAUUUUAAAUUGUUUUUGUUUGUGGAAACACCACGUAAAUUUAUUACUGCAAAGCUUUCGAUCCGUAAGCCCGGAUCUUCAUCAGUGCUAAUAAUAUGUGCAGCAAUAAAUUUACGUGGUGUUUCCACAAACAAAAACAAUUAUAUUUUAUCGCCAUGCAAACAUUCAAAGAACUGAUUUUAAAUUGUUGAAGAAUACGAAUGUUAAUCUCAUCAUGAUCAAGACGUUUCACAAGCCGUUUUUCGGCAAGACUAUAUAUAGUACAUAUUUAUAGCACAUAGAUAUAGUACAUAUUUAUAGCUUAAUAAUAUACAUAAAGAUAUUACUCGACUGUGAUUGGUUGAUUUCAGUGUAGUUAAUCCCAAACAGCAGUGCAAUUUUCUGUAAUCACAGUGCAAUUUUCUGUAAUCACAGUGCAAUUUUCUGUAAUCACAGUGCAAUUUUCUGUAAUAACAGUGCAAAAAUCUAUAACAAACUCAUCUGAUUGGUGGAAAAACAUUGUGAUGAUUAAAUCAACCAAUCAGUUUAAAGCAAUAUAGUUUAAAGAAGUAACGGUCACAGAUUGCUUCAAAACAAAACAAACAUGGCGCCGCGCUACAUAAAGUAAAAGUCGCCUUCGCGUGGAAAAUAUGGCUUUUAUCUAAUUCAUUUUUAAAUGGAAAAGCAUUUAUACCUUAAACAACACUAACAAAAAUUACAUAGUUGAGUGGAAUUUUCAAGAUGUUAGUGUUGUAUAAUGUGAUAUAACAAAGCCAGGAAAACUUUGCAGGUGGAAUGUUCGCUAUAAACGCGUAAGUUAAAACUACAAUUGUCUCGAACAUUUUUAUGUAAAUUAUUAAUAAGUAAUAUAUAGCUUUACAACAAUGAUGUUUCAUUCUUUUGUAAUUUAAUCUCUUUUGUAAUUUUAUUAAAAAUACUUUAUUCAUUAUGAGAUUUACAAAGGUUUAUUGCUGCCGAGCUCACGGGUGGUGACAUAUCAGGGAAACGCGUAUGCUAAUGAUUUUUAUACUGUACUUCAAAGUCAAACAACGUGUCUAUGACAUUCACUUUUUGAUUGGGAGAUUGAUUGAAGUUUUAACCUUUCAUUUUAUACAGUUCAGUAACUUCAGUGGGCUAUAAUAAUAUUGCUUGAUUCAUAGUUUAGAUUCUGUUUUCUAUUUAUCAGUCUCGUGUGAAAAAUUCUAUGGGCAUGGUCGAUUCCCUGUGUGUGAUAUUUGGUUAACAAUGCAUAUCAACAUAUAUUGUUUGCAUGACAAUUAUUGACAUUGACUGUGCCCAGUCUCUUUUGCCGAGAAUAGGGGUCAGGUUCCUGAGAAAUUUAGACCUCAUGUCAAGCACGGGCAGUUACCCCCUCCCCCCACCCCCACGUCAGGCAGUCAGCUCGCACCUGAUAUGGGGUCUGGAUUUCUCAGGCUAGGGUCAGGUGCCCCAAAUUCAUAUUUGUAGUUUAAUGCAACAUAACUAAUAUCAUCUAAAGAUGUGACCUAACAGAACAAAGAAAAAUCAUGAUUAUUAUUAGAUGACAUUGAUAUCGAAGGAACUAGAUUCUGUUCCGAAAUAUCACAAACUCGAACCGACCAGACUGCGUAGCUCAGUUGGCAGAACAUUGAGCUAGUAUUCCAAAGGUCGUUGGUUCGAUUCCCACCGUGGUCAGGCAUAUUUUUCAAGCUUGCCCGGUGUGGAUAUACACUCAGAGUAACAUGACAAAGCAUCAUAUUCACCUGAGUACACAACACCAACACAGAAAAAUUAUUUUCUGUCUUAUUGUUCCACUAUUAUGCGGUUUUAGCACAUGAUUUCCCUGAGAAAAUACCCAGCCUGCGAAGGAUCCUUUUCAGACUUAAUAUGCUGUGCCUGCUUCUUGAUUUUUGAAAUCAUCUCAUUGUCAUACUGACGUCUGGCUUUGGCAUGGAAUGCCUUCUUGAAGUCCUUUUUCGUGUUACAGAAUGCUCCUUUACGCUCCAAAUAGAAUGAUUCAUAAACAUCGUUAUAGAAUUUGUUCAUUCCGGUACGUGGAUUUGGAAUCCAGCCUAAAUUUUUAUUUCUAGCUUCACUUUUUCGGAUGGUUGAAGAUUUGCAUUGCUCAUGGUGAAAUUGAAAGUUGCUGUUCUGGACUUGUAUAUUGGUAAGCGAAAGUUGAAGCACUCAAAAGGUGGAUUGAAACGGGAGAAAGUGGAUAUCGUAACAGCAGACAAUGUUAGGUCGCUGUACUCAAUAGCCGUGAUGAUGCUAGUGACGACGACAUCGAUGAAUACCAUGACAGCGAUGAUGACGAAGAAGAUAUUGUGGAACAGCAAAUUGGGAGUGAUGAUGAUAUUGAAGACGAUGAAGAUAAGGAAGACAAUGAAGAUCCUAACUGUGAAGGGACAGACAUUGAGAAAGAGAACAUUUCCAAUUUUCUGCAGAUCACAAGAUCGGGGAGAGUUUGUAGAACUUGGAUUGGAAGAGCAAAAAUAUGUAUGCGAUUGAUUUAA